GUGAACACAAUGAGCCUUGGUUUAUGCGUCUGAAUGCAACUGGAGAAGUCCCUGUGCUCAUUCAUAGAGAAAAUAUAAUAUGUGAUGCAACUCAGAUUAUUGACUACCUUGAAGAGACUUUUACAAAUGAAAAAACACCACGGCUAAUGCCAGAAGAAGGAAGCAUGUACUAUCCAAGGGUUCAACAUUACAGGGAGCUCUUGGAUUCCUUGCCUAUGGAUGCUUACACACAUGGCUGCAUUUUACAUCCUGAAUUAGCAGUAGAUUCUAUGAUUCCAGCUUAUGCCACAACAAGAAUUCGAAGCCAAAUAGGUAACACCGAGUCUGAAUUAAAGAAACUUGCUGAAGAAAACCCAGAUCUGCAGGAUGCAUAUAUAGCAAAACAGAAACGUCUCAAAUCUAAACUGAUGGAUCAUGAUAAUGUAAAAUACUUGAAGAAAAUACUGGAUGAACUGGAAAAAGUUUUGGAUCAGGUUGAGACUGAGUUACAAAGGAGAAAUGAAGAAACACCAGAAAAUGGGCACCAACCUUGGCUCUGUGGUGAGUUUUUCAGCUUGGCUGAUGUAUCCCUUGCUGUUACAUUGCAUCGUUUGAAGUUCAUUGGACUGGCAAGGAGAAACUGGGGGAAUGGAAAACGGCCUAACUUGGAAGCCUACUAUGAACGUGUCUUGAAAAGGAAAGCAUUUCACAAGGUUUUAGGACAUGUGAACAACAUAUUAAUCUCAGCAGUUCUUCCAACUGCAUUUCGAGUGGCCAAGAAGAGAGCACCCAGGGUCCUUGGCACUACUCUUCUGGUUGGCUUCUUAGCAGGAGCAGGGUAUCUUGCUUUUGUUUGUCUUAGGAAAAGAUUUCCCAACAUGCUAUUGUUGAUUAGAGCAAAGCAAAGUUAUCAAUAG